ACUAUGACGAGGAAAAGUUGAAGAAGAAUGGCGACAAUCACCACGGUCUAACGCUUACAAUAACCGCGGCCCCAACGGCUUCCAACUGAAGAGAAGGGAUCUCUUUAUAGACCAUAGUCUUCGCGGAAUCCGCAACACAGUUGCUACUGAAGUGAAAGACGGCGAAUGUGGCCAAGACAUUAAAAAAAACAGGACCUCAGUGUGUGAAAACUUUUUGUUAUUAAUUAACAUUAAUUUUUAAAGAACGAGAAAGUUUAGAUUUAAGUUUUUUAAAGAAACGAGAAAGAUGGGGCAACAAUUUGAUUGGAAUGGAAGGUUUAUGUCGGUUUGUUUUAAUUUAAUACUUUUACUUCGAUCAUCUUAUGGAGCACAAUAUUUGGGAAAAUCCUUAGGAAAAUUGGGAGAAUUUCAGCAUGGACUAUCCGGUGAAGUAUUCGCUGUAGACGGCAGAACUUUGCAUAUCAAAGACUUCACGUACGACGGACAGGGCCCGGCUGCAUAUUUUUGGGCUGGAAGUACAAAAUCAGUUGGAAACCAAGGUUUUCGUAUUCGAGAUGAAAACAACAGUGGUGACGUUUUAAGAAGAUACCGAAAAGAAGGAGUAACUUUAACACUUCCAGAAGGAAAAACGUUAAGAGAUAUCAAAUGGUUUUCGGUUUGGUGCGAAGAGUUUGAGGUGAACUUCGGCGACGUUAAAAUUCCAAGGAACUUUGACUUCCCACGCCCACAGAAGUUAGCGGCUCUUCAAGGGGUUCAUGGUAUCUCCUCCGAUAACAUCGUGGUCGUUGAUGCUCAAACUUUACUGGUUCCUAACCUUUCAUACGAUGGAGAAGCACCAGAUGCUAAAUUCUGGACUGGCCCAGGUCCAAAACCAUCACCACAAGGUAUUAGAAUCCCCGAUGAAAAUGGAAAAGAAGUCCCAUUGAGAAGAUACGAUAGAAAAACGGUCGUUUUAACAUUACCAGGUGAUCUAACAAUCUUUGAUAUCGGUCAUUUUGGUAUUUGGUGUGAAGCAUUCACAGUGGAUUUCGGCCACAUUCAAAUUCCACAAAACUUAAACAUUCCACCAUCACUUAAAAUGCUUGGAGUAAGCCCUCAGUCUAAACUCAAUUGUGAAGUCCUACAAGAUAAAUUAGCUUUCGAAGUUCGGUGGGCUGUAGCAGGAGACAGCAUCGUAUUACAACUCGUAGCAAAAUUAGACGACGGCGAGUACAUGUCUUUUGGAGUUUCUGGAGACGAAAAGCACAGCUCUAUGGUCGGAGGAGACGUUGUCGUAGCUUGGAUAGAUAAGGAUACAUUGAAAGGAUACGCUCAGGACUAUUUCUUACAGGAUAAAUCACAAUGUUCAGGACCGACGGGAUCUUGUCCGGAUGAAAAACUUUCUCAAAUGAACAAUAUUCGCUUAUUAAAUGCAGCAACAGUGAACGGUUACUCAAUAGUAACAUAUCAACGUCCUUUAAGAGCUUCUGAUCGAUUGGAUAAACCAAUUUUAAUAAACUCGACGCAACCUAUAAUUUGGGCCAUUGGACCAUUAAAUCAACGCAACGAGGUCUCGUUCCAUAGUUCUUAUACAAAAGGGGAUGUUUUUAUUGAUUUUGGAAGACCUCCAAUGUGGAAUUGUCCAAUGCCAGAAUCCGAUCCGGUGAAUUCAAAAAGAACUACGAAUACACAACCCAUAUUACAACAGCAGCAAAUCGAAGAAGUUCGCCCGCAAAGAAAUCGUAACGGGGACACUUCUAGAAGACGAGGGCAAAGGCCAACAACCCCUGUACCAGAAGAAGAAGUUACGACGAAGAGGGUCCAAGAAAGACGGCGAGGAGGAUCAAGAAGUACAACCCCUAAAAUUGUUCAAGCAACUCCCGCACCUGCCAGUAAAUUAGAUGCUUGGGAAAUCCCGCCUAUACAAUGUAACGAACCUGAUGAUGGCGUUUUUUAUGCUCAAAUGGGACCGACUGGGGGUAAAAGGGGUUAUCCAGCUAUUACAGGGCAUGUUGGUUGGGGAAUUUCUUGGUACAUUAACGGAUUAUUAAUCCCGGUUAUUAAUGUUGUUAGAGGAAAAACGUAUAAUUUCGUGGUUGAAGGUGGAUUAGAUUCUAGCAUCCCAGCAAAAUAUCAUCCAUUUUAUAUAACUGACGAUCCUGUAGGAGGAUAUGAAUAUAAAACUGCUGAAGAGAGACAGAAUGUAAAAAUAUUUGCUGGAGUUGAUAACAUCGACGGAGAAAUCACUCCAACAGGAACAGGUAGACUAUGUCAUUGGACUCAUCAAGGUGACAAAGAUGCCGAUGAUUUCGAAUCGUUUGGAGCUUAUCAACGAACAUUGGAAUUAAAAUGCGACCAAGGUGAACCUGGUGUUAUUCAAUGGACACCAGACAAAGAUACACCAGAUACCGUUUAUUAUCAAUGUUUUACACAUCGCUAUUUAGGUUGGAAAAUAAACGUAUUAGAUUCUUGUGACGUCGAAGGUGCCUCAAGCGAUUUAAACCCGGUUUACGCUCUACCUCAGGAAAAAAUGUUAAAGGAAUCUGAAGACCUUGAAAGCAGUCCUUCGUUAGUUGUAGAAAUGCGGAUUAAACCGAAUGCGAUUAACCACGACGUGAAAGUAGUUGAGGAACGUUUUGGGGAUUUAGCGAAUCCUUAUGAUCAAAUUUAUUUAACACCAAAAGGAAACAAAUCUCAAAAUAUCACGGAAAUUAUUCCAAUAUCAAAUGAAACAACUAUUGAUAUAGAAGCUUUUAAUUUACAACAACCGAAAGUACCGGAACUUUAUCCCAUGAACGAUAUGUCUUUUAUAAAACCCCCUCCUUUACCUUCACCAAUUUUAAAAAGACGCCCGAUAAGGCCGUUGAUGAGGAGUUCUAUAAAAAAUCCAAUUAAUUUAAUGAAUCCGGUUAUUAAUAAUCGCGCUAUAAUAAAAAAAUCAUAUCGACCACCACCAAAACAAGUCAAUAAACCCCAAAUUUUUCGCCAACAAAACAAAAUAAAAGACAUUCAUGUGGAAAUUUCACCACAACAACCAUCAACUGACCGCGCUCCAAACGCAGUUAAUAUCCAAGAUUUAAAACCAGCCGUUAACACAGGUUUCCACCCCGAAUCGAUUGUAAUCGAAGGUGGAUUUAGACCAAUUAUUCGAAAAGAACUGGGAGAAAAAGCGACAACUCAACACGGACUCGAAUUAGAAUACGAAAGCAGUAUAGGAGUAAUUCCAAUUCAUCUUAACAAAACGAACCCAAAAAAUAGUUUAGAACCAAUGUUUAUUCCCUCACCUCUCCAAACUUUCAAAAAGAACCAAUUAAAAAUGUUUAAAAGAAAAGCUCAAUUAAAAAAACGUGGCCCAAAAUCAAAUGAUGAAGACGGAAAUGACGAUUAUAUUGCUGAAGCAGCCGAAAGAGUAGAAUCAUUUUAUUUACCACCUUCGGAUCAAAAACCGGCAAACGUUGAACAACCACCAGAAACGGUAAUAGCAUUCGAUGGAAAACGGAUUUCCGGGUCGAGUUUGACGGUAAAACUCGAUACGUCGCCGUACGGAGCGGAAGCGAGAGCUUCAAAAGCACAAUACAAACCAUUCUCCGGCGAACUUCCACCUUUAAAUCCAAAAUUCUACGAUUUAAAUGCAGCGCAAUUACAACCAAAGGCACAUUUAAAUCGGGAAUUAGACACUCCCGAUUUACCAGCGUCCCCUACAAAAUUAAGACCGAUCCGAGAAAUGAAAGAGAUGAAUCGAAGUAAAAGAUCGCCUCAUCAUACACCGGAACAUACCGCAGAACAAGAAAAAAUGAUGAAAGAUAAUGAAACGACGACGAUGGAAAUGAGUAAUUCUCAAUCGAUUUUAAAAUUGAGUAGUUAUAUUAUUUUGUUUGUAUUAAUAAUUAAGGUGUUUGUAAACUAAAUAAGCCAACAUUGUUUAUAAAGAGAGUCAGUCAAAAAAUUUAUAACUUAAAACUGUAAAGUAGUGGUAAAACUUAUAUUAUACUGAGUGAGAAAUUACUUUAUUAUUAUUGAAUUAAAUUUUAAUACUCAAAAACAAUUUCAAAUCUUUCAGAAAUUCAAUGAACUCUACGAAAAUUUCUAUACAGCAUGUUAAAUUAAAACCAUUGAUUAUGUACUAUUAAAUAAUAUAAAACAUUUAAUGAAAAUUGAAUGAGCAUUAAGAAUAUUAAAGUUAGGUUACUGUAAUAUUCAGUUAUAUUUUUGUCCACGGUUUUCGAUAAUGUAGUUAACAACCUCAGGAGAAGUCUGUUAAAAUGAUGCGUGCAAGAAAGAAGCAAUAAAACUUUUAUAAAUUAAAA